AUGGAGAAGCGCAGCGCCGGAGGGCUCGCGGGGAGAGGAGAAGCCAGGCGCAAGAAAAAACUGAGAGGCAUGUAUAUAUCCAAGAAGGCGUUAAAGCAUCAUUUUGACCCCUAUGAGGGUCUAAAAGAGACAUACCUACUGUGCGAACUGAAGUGGGGUAAGGCCAAAAAGUCUUGGAAACACUGGGUCAGAAAUGACCAUGACCAUGCUGAAGUCAUCUUCUUGGAGAAGAUCUUUAAUGUGAGAAGAUUCAAUAGUCGGGACACCUGUUCCAUCACCUGGUACUUGUCCUGGAGCCCGUGUGCAAGAUGCUGCUAUAAAAUACUGGAUUUCUUAAAGGAGCAUUCGUAUGUAAACUUGCACAUAUAUGUAGCACGGCUUUAUUGCAUAGAAGAUGAAAAAACCCGCCGAGGUCUGAAGAAGCUUAACAGCUUAGAAGGAGUAACCAUUGCUGUCAUGGAAGAGGAAGAAUAUACUUACUGUCGGAAAACCUUUAUCCAAGGAGAUGUUGGUGAUGAUUUCUGGACUAGGGACUUUGAGCCAAAGAUAACUGAGAAUCGUUUGAAGCUCAAGGAAGUCCUCAAG